CUUUCAUAACCGACGCAUGAACGGCCACAAAACCCAGCAAAACCCCAACCUUUCGCGUCUCUGCGUCUCUCUUGCCUCAGGAUGGCAGCUGAAACAGAGCAAAAGCAGGACAAAGAGCAAGAAGCUCUGCGCCUCAAAGCGCUAGCAGAGACCAAAUACAACAACUCCAAACUCAAGUCCGCCCUCAAGUACGCCAAGCGAGCCCAGCGACUCGCCCCCAACCUCGACGGCCUCUCAGAAAUGGUCACCUCCUUCAAGAUCCUCCGCGUCGCUGCUGCCAGAUCCCCUGACACCCCCACGCCCAACUGGUACAAGAUACUCCAGGUAGAACCCUUUGCUCACAUCAACACCCUCAAGAAACAGUAUAAGAAACUCGCCCUAGUCCUUCACCCCGACAAAAACCCUUAUGCCGGGUCUGAAGAAGCCUUUAAGCUCGUCAGCGAGGCCUUUCGGUUUUUGUCGGAUAGGAUUCGUAGGAAAGAGUAUGACAUGAAGCUCAGGAUUAGGAUUCAGGAGGAGAACGUUGUGGGUUUGGCGGCUGCGGACACGUUCUGGACGGCAUGUUCGAUGUGCCGUUUGUUGCACAAGUUUGAGAGGAGGUAUUUGGGGCAUAAUUUGGUGUGUCCCAAUUGUAAGAAGAGCUUUGAGGCUGUGGAGGUUGAGACCGAUGAUGGUAAUAAGUCUGGUGGGGAAGAUGCCGGGGUUAGGGUUAGGAGUGAGAGACUGAGGAAGAGAAAUGUUGGUGUGGUUGAUAGAUUUGGGGAUUUGGAUUCGAAGCGGAAAAUGGGUAGUGGUGUAAUGGGCAGUGGAAUGAGAGCUGGGGAAUUGGAGAGGGAAGAAGAUGGUGUUGAUCGUGAUGGUAUAUGGAGCUGUGGAAGGUUGAGGAGUUGGGGCUUGAAGAGGAGGAUGAGAACUGUAGGGGAGGUGUUAGAGAGGUCAAUGCCGAAGAGGGCAAAAACUGGGGAAGAGACGAUGACAUUGGCAGAAAUGCAGCAGGAAGCAAGGCGGAAGGUGCAGCAAGAUAGAAUGAAGGAAAAGGAGAAGGAUGAAAGAGAGAGGAGGAAGGAGAAGGAGAAGGAGAGGCGAAGGGAUUUGAAGAAGAGUAGGGAUUUAAUGAUUGACAAAGGGGGAAGUUCAAAGAAGAGCGGAGAUUCAGAUAUUGAGAGGCGUAGGAAGAAGAGCGUGGGUUUGGAAAUUGAAAGACGCAGGAGUUCUAGAGAUGGGGAUUUGGAGAUUAUGUCGGUGGAGGAUUCUGAUUUUUAUGAUUUUGACAAGGAUAGAGUGGAGAGGAGUUUUAAGAAAGGACAAGUAUGGGCCAUCUAUGAUGACGAUGAUGGAAUGCCAAGGCAUUAUGGUUUGAUUGAUGAAAUUGUUUCAGUGAAUCCUUUUGAGGUGAAGAUGAGUUGGUUGGAUCUUCAAAGUAAUGGGGAUGAGGGGCUGAUGUGUCUGGAGAAAAUGGGAUUUCAUAUUUCCUGUGGGAAAUUCAAGGUUGCUUGGAAGAAUUCCAUUAACUCGCUGAACGUAUUUUCUCAUAUUGUGGAUUGUGAACAAGAAGCAAGAGAGGUCUAUAGAAUUUAUCCAAGGAAGGGUUCGGUGUGGGCUCUAUAUAAUGAGGCAGCUGUGGAUUCUGAAGGAAGAAAUAUCUCUGUUAAAGAUAAGCGGUGCUAUGACAUAGUUUUGUUUAUGACAAGUUAUAGUGAGAUGUAUGGUUUGAGCAUGGCAUAUCUUGAGAAGGUUGAUGGGUUCAAGACAAUAUUUAAGAGAAGGGAGAUUGGGUUUCAUGCUAUUAGAUUGCUUGAAAAACAUGAUCUCCGGUUGUUUUCACACCAGAUUCCUGCCAGGAAACUUUCUAGUGAUGAGGCUCCAGAGAUUUUGAAAGACUGUUGGGAGCUUGAUCCUGCUUCUCUUCCCCCAGAUUUGCUUGGCAUUGGCUGGGAGAGAUAAUUCUGCAACAGUCUUCUCAGCUCUCACGGUCUUGACAAAGAAAUCCUGAAAGCUAAAAUUGGAAGGACGUGUAUCCAGCCAAACCAUGAUAAAGUGUUCUGAAAAAAGAAACUCUUAAAGCUAUUCCAGUCUUCUCAGCUUCUAUUAUUUCUCUCUGUCGAUAUGCACCUUAUUGACAGAUUGAGAUCAUUUUCCAUAGAGCUUCCCUUUGUUGAUUAUCAAACUGACGUUUCUAGACCACAAUAGAAGAUCUAUCACCCAUUAAGGUAUUACCCAUUCCAAUCUCAGAAGCCUAAAGAUAGCUUGUGGUAACAAAUUGACCACGGUUUAUCCACUUAUCUUGCACAUACAGAACAAUGGGUGAUGACAACACAUGGAUUAUUCAAAGUGGAUUUCAUCUGAGUCGAAAGUGUAAGUAGGAAUGGCAGUCAACCUCUUAAGAGAAGAAACAAAAUAGAAAAACGAUAAACUUGUAUGUAAUAUAGUUGUAAAAGAAUUGUAGGUGACAGUCCCUGACAAAAAAACAGUGAGGGAAGUAGACAAUCAUUGGAUUGUGGAAGAUAUAUAGUGACUUGUGUUUUAAUCUCACUGUAUGUUGACAAUACUGCAUUUCUGAGAGUUAUAUGCAUUCUAGUUUCUGUUCUGGUUUUA